GUGUCCUUUGUGCAGAAUGUACUCCAGUGCGUCCUCUGCGACAUCGUCUAUGGUCCGGCCCCCGGCGAUGCGAGCCGCGGCCGGCCCUUCGUUGGCUUCCGGAGCCCGGCACUGCAGGUUCAGAUCACUGCGCCAACUCCGGGUGAUGGGGCCACAUUGCCGACGCUGGCGCCGUCAACCGGGGCCUCGCUUGUGUCCUCCGCCUUGCGAGUCCUUCGACAGCUCAUGGCUUUAGUCUUGGGCCCUGCGGGCUUUGC